AGAGCCAAGGUGCGCUACCCGCAUCAGCCCACGAUCGGGACGCUGCCCGGCCUUGUGGUUGUUAGUCCGGGGCGCGAGUUAGACGGCCCGCGAGGAAAGCGGGAAAGGAGGCGGCCCGGGCCCGGGUGUUCCUAGCGCGAUGAGCGGGGCCAAGGGCGGCCGCUGCUUCAGUUGCGGCCUCCGCGGUGGCCUCCCUUGCACCCUGAUUCCCUCGCCCUCGCGCACCAUGCUAUUAUUCUGCCAGCGGAGUCCGUGGCGCAGCCCGCUCCUCCUGCCCCGCCGCUGCUAACCCACGAGAGAGCGUUCUCGACCGCGGGGUCAACUGGCCGCGCAGUGCCGGGAGGGAGGCGGAACCGUGGUCCCCGGAGCCCCAGCUCCGCCCUCCGACUCUCCAACUGCCACCAGGCGCGGGGCGACGAUGGGGGCGCUGCUGGCGCUCUGUCUCCUCGUGGGCUUGCUGCGCUGUGGCCCGGCGGACUCACAGCAGCCUGGGGAAUACUGCCACGGCUGGGUGGACGCUCAGGGCAACUAUCACGAGGGUUUCCAGUGCCCCGAGGACUUCGACACGCAGGACGCCACAAUCUGCUGCGGCUCGUGUGCGCUGCGCUACUGCUGCGCUGCAGCCGACGCCAGGUUGGAGCAGGGCGGCUGCACCAACGACCGCGGAGAGCUGGAGCAUCCCGGCAUUACCGCGCAGCCUGUCUACGUCCCCUUCCUGAUCGUCGGGUCCAUCUUCAUCGCCUUCAUCAUCUUGGGCUCUUUAGUGGCUAUUUAUUGCUGCACCUGUUUGAGACCCAAGGAGCCCUCCCAGCAGCCAAUCCGCUUCUCACUCCGCAGCUACCAGACAGAGACCUUGCCCAUGAUCCUCACCUCCACCAGCCUCAGAGCACCUUCCAGGCAGUCCAGCACAGCCACCAGCUCCAGCUCCACAGGGGGCUCUGUCCGGAGGUUCUCCUUUGCCAGGCCUGAGCCAGGCUGCCUGGUACCCUCAUCACCCCCACCUUACUCCACUGGCCAUGCCAUACACCUAACCCAGCCGUCCGGUUUCCUGGUGUCACCCCAGUAUUUUGCCUACCCUCUGCAGCAGGAACCCCCAUUACCUGGGAAGAGCUGUCCGGAUUUCAGUUCCAGUUGACGGGUGGUGGCUGUGAAUAGGCUCGUAUGGUGAAGUAGGAGCCAGGUGGGAUGUUGCUACACUGGCUGAGUCGCCCGCACUUUUGAGGAAAUUUGUGGUAACCUAUCACGAUUGUGGAAGAGAGGUCCAGAAAGACACAGCACUUUUUGGCCUUGAAGUCCUUGGCUACCGACAAGAUCUGACUUUGCAAACAUGGUGAACGCUACAACGUAUUCAUCUUUUGUUAAAAUAUUCGGCAGUUUGAUGUUCUGUUUUCAGGCUGAAGGAAAAUAUCUCACUGGACAGUUCAGCUAUCCUUUGUAGAAAGGUGUCCUCUGUUCCUUUUCCUGUGUUGACUGAAUUAUAAUUACAAAUAUAUUCAUAAAUAAGGAAGGAAACACACUUAAUUGUAAUUAUAAAGGUUCACUUAAAAUUUAAUUGUUAAGUAAACUCUAGGGGCCAGUGAACCACCUAUUUAUGAUUUUGGGAGUAAUCUAACCAUAAGUAAUAUUAGUAGGAUGAGAACAUUUACUUCUUAAAUUAAUAACAAAUUUUGUUUAAAACGUAAGAGUUUUCUUUUUCCAAAAUACAAGGUGUCACUAACCACACGGGACAACUAUAGUUUUAAAUAUAGACUCAUUCGCUGUUGUACAGGUUCUGUGUAAAAUCACUUCCCCUGCCAACCCUGGGGAAUAUUUAUUGCAGACUUUUUGUUCAGCAAUAUUAGUGUUUAAAAAUAAAAGUUGGACAGUUGGGUCUUAAAA